GGAGGACGCGCGACAGCUUUCGAGGUCGGAUCCCGACCCUGGCCUUUCUGGCUCUUCGCCGAUUCAUCCUCUACUGAUGCAUGCUCAUCGCCUGUGAAUUUUUUUCCAAUCAUUUUCCCGGUCCCAGCACAAUCUCCCAUUCCUGAGGCUUUGGGGAAGUCCGGAAUCCUCCCGACGUCUCGAAUCACUUUGAAUCGCUUACAACUUGCAGAGCGUUUGGCUUGAAGGCGGUUUACAAGAUCAUCCAAGCGACCGUCUUUCCUUACAGAAGCAUUAGCCGGAGGAUCUGGACGCGAUCUGUCAGUGUGCUGACAGACGCUAAACAUAUUUAUUCCGCAUGGCCUGGCAGUCUCCCUCUGCCAUGGCUGGAAGUGGAGGACUUGGUGGAAGCGCGGGUGAUAUGCCCAAUGGCGGACAUCCCCAGGGCACAGAAUACACCCUACAAGGUGUGAUGCGCUUCCUCCAGACAGAAUGGCACCGACAUGAACGGGAACGCAAUGCAUGGGAGAUUGAACGGGCUGAAAUGAAGUCUCGCAUUGGAAGGCUAGAGGGAGACGCCCGGACUAGUAAGCGUUUGCAUGAAUCUCUGGGCAAGCACAUCAAGCUCCUUGAAACCGCAUUGAAGAGGGAACGCGAGAAGGUCAAGAGCCUCAUGAACGGGGAAAAGGUUGAGGAUCUGAGAGAUGCCAAGGAGGUAGCUAAGGAGAACCUCAAGUCCAUCCACAAAUCAUCGAACUCGACAAUACACACGGAUGUGGAACCGGAAGACCCGAAUCACCCUGACUUCCGACAGGAUACCGAGCGUGAUAAGUCGCGGGUUUACUUGAACAAAUGUUCACAGGAAAUCGCGUAUCAUGUCAUUCCUGCGUCGCACCCUCCCCCGGACCUUGGGGAUCAGGACCUAUCGAACCACAUAUAUGGAAAUCAGGGGAUGCAGCAACAGAGCUUGGAAGAGGCGUACCUUCAACAACAACAACAGAGACAGAAGCAGCAGCAGGCCAACAAUAUAAUGGUUCGAGAGGCGGCAUACCAGAACCAUCAGGCUAUGAUCCCUAAUUACGCGGAGACUACGGAAAUGGCACGUUCCCAAAACCAAGUCAGCCAGGCGUCCACCUCCAGAGAAGCUGCUGAUCGAAGGGAUAUCGAGCUGCAGCAAGCUCCGGAGAGCAGGAAACAAGCCUUCGACCCCAUGCAAGCUGGAGAUCGUGGGGAACAGGUCAAACACGUAUUUGACGCAUAUGGAAGACAAAUAGCGAUCAAAGAAGACCCAAAGCCCCAGAAGAGCGUAGAGGAGGUUGCUGAUGACUCGGAUGGAUGGAACUUCGAUGACCGGCCACUACCAGUUGCACAGUCAGAACCUGUCCCGUCCCAUAGGCCAGACACAGACGCGUUCCCGAAUGCCAACUUUGUACCCCCGAAAUCGCCGCCAAGGGGAGGUUCUGGCUCUCAUAGGAGGAAAAGCUCGGGUGCCAGGCGGAAGAGUGACGGAUCCACGGAGAGCAAAGAUGGCAGUGGUGCUUCUGCGCAGAAGACCGAUUCUAACUUCAAGGUCCGAUUUGCACUUAGAGGCCAUUUGGAUGUAGUGCGUGCCGUCAUCUUCACGGGCGGUGGCACGCCGUCAGAACCUGAAAUCUGCACCUGCAGUGAUGACGGCACAAUCAAGCGGUGGAUCAUUCCAGCUACCUAUGGCGGAUAUGGCCCAUACAGCACCAACCCGGGUAAUGACUUGGAUAUCACAAGCUACUUCACUCACCGCGGACACGUUGGAGCAGUGACUUCGUUAGCGGCUUGCCCGCCUUCUCAGAACUUCUCCAACGGUGGCCGUGCCCUCGGAGAUGGCUGGGUGUUCUCCGGAGGACAAGAUGCCAGUGUGCGAGUCUGGGAGCGUGGACGAGUUGACCCGAAAGCCACCUUGGAUGGCCAUACAGAUGCGGUAUGGGGGCUCUGCGUUCUUCCUGGCACCGCAGGAUCGGUGUUCGGAGAACAAUGCAGCAAUUACGGAGGGCCUGACCGAAUUCUGCUUGCUUCUGGUGCCUCAGACGGUAGAAUAUUGAUCUGGGCUGUGAGUGCACCACCUCAACUUACGUCUCCCCAAGCUGGUUCUCGAAGAGCAGGCGGAAGUCGACGGGCGAAUUCCAUCUCAUCGGGCUCGAAUUUCCCGUCGUCACCGCAGCCGAGCACUGCGACAACUACCCCGUUCUAUUCUACCCUCGUUCAUCACAUUGUGAGGACCGAUUCGCCAGCUCCCACAUGCAUUAGUCCUCUAUCACUUGCAGGAGUCAAUUUCGUCGUCUCCUACACGGACGCAUCAAUUCUGGUUUAUGAUACCAGAACUGGAGAGGAGGUUGUGGGCAUGGCCAGUCUGGAAACCUACGAUGGCACUCCAUCGACAGGCGUGAACUCUGUAGUUGCAACUACAAUUGGUUUCGACGGGACCGCCGACCUCGACCCAAGCAGAACGCUCGCCGAUGAAGAAGUGGUUCAUGGAGCUACUGGAUCCAGCGGUGGCGUGGAGGGUGUGAUUAUUAGUGGCUACGAAGAUCGAUAUAUCCGUUUCUUCGACGCGAAUAGUGGCCAGUGCACAUACACGAUGUUAGCUCAUCCGUCUGCCAUCUCUUCAUUAUCCCUCUCGCCUGAUGGGCGCGAACUCGUCUCAGCCGGUCACGAUGCUAGUCUACGGUUUUGGUCCCUUGAGAAGCGUAGCUGCACCCAAGAGAUCACCAGCCACAGGCUAAUGCGAGGCGAAGGAGUAUGCGCAGUCGUCUGGAGCCGCGAUGGCCGUUGGGUCGUCAGUGGUGGCGGCGAUGGUGUCGUCAAAGCAUUCUCAAGAUGAUGACUCUCCAUGGAUGACGCCAAUAUACGAUUCGAUUUCUUCUUCUCAUGAACGCGAUACAAUCUGUCAUUAUACAGAGAAAAGUAUGAAUGGCUAACCGAUUGACCUAUUUGAGCAUUUGGAAUGGUGGCCUG